AACAUUCAAUGGGUUGUCCCUACGCUGUCUAGUCUCUGCACUGGUUUCGGACUAUUCCCCAAGUUUUUUUUGCAGCUGCUAAACUAUAUCGUUGACGCCUCCUUGAUGUUUGCGGCUUCUGCAAUUGCAGGCACCACUUUCAUGCGGUCUCUGGCUAUCAACCCCCUCUUCGCAUGCUAUAUUUACGAGAGUAUUGUGAUCAAUAAUUGUCAAACUCUAGUUAGAACGAUAGCUAUAGUCUCGGUUCCUUCCCCAUUCGUAUUUAAUUUUAAUGGGAGGCAGAUCCGA